GGCCCUUUUUACCGGUCAAAGAUGGCGAUGCUGGCGGAACCACGUCGCAAACAGAAAUGGUCUGUGGAUCCCCGAAAUAGCACAUGGAGUAAAGAUGAAUCAAAAUUUGGCCAGAAAAUGUUGGAAAAGAUGGGCUGGUCGAAAGGCAAGGGGCUUGGGGCUCAAGAACAAGGAAAGACGGAGCACAUCAGAGUCCGAGUGAAGAACAACAGUCUUGGCUUAGGAGCAUCUAUUAACCAUGAGGACAACUGGAUUGCCCACCAGGAUGACUUCAACCAGCUUCUGGCAAACCUGAACAACUGCCACGGACAGGAUGGUGCAGAGUCUGCACCUGGGGAGCAAAAGAAAACGUUUAAUCUUGAGGAGAAAUCCAAGAUCUCUCGGAAACGGGUUCACUAUGUGAAAUUUGCCAAAGGAAAAGAUCUCUCUUCCCGAAGUGAAGAUGAUUUGUCCUGCAUUUUUGGGAAACGCCAGAAGAGCAAGAAAACUCUGGCUGAUGCUGCUGACGCCGACUGUCCAGAGGAGGACCCAAAGGAGGGAAAUGACCCACCUGAGCAAGUUGACAUCAGCAACACUGUGACCAGCACUCUUACUGUGCAGGAGUAUUUUGCUAAGCGCAUGGCAAAACUGAAGAAAGCCCAGAAUGGGAGGGACGUAAUGCCCCCUAAUUCACCUCCAGUGGUGGCAGAGGAGUGGGAGCGUUUGGGGUCCCAGUCAAAGAAGAAGAAGAAGAAGAAGAAGAGCCGCAAGCCCAGUGGGCCUGAGAAUGAGGGUAGCCAGGAAGAACCAAAGCUGAAAUGUCCCAGGAUGCUUGAUUCAAGUGGAGAAGAAAUGGGUGAGCCAGACACAGAAGUGCCGAAAAAGAAGAAGAAAUUUAAGCACCUGGGCCUGGGGGGCGGUCUUACCUCCAGCAAAUCCCAGCGUGGCGACCAGGAGAGAGGAUCACGUAUCACUGGAACAUCCAGUGUGGAAAACAGUGACUCUGAAGUACCAAAACCAAAGAAAAAGAGCAAGAAAAAGCACAAAAAGCUCAGCAGAGAUACAGCUGAGGAUGUGGAAGAAGGCAGCAGGAGAAAGAAAAAGAAGAAACACUCCAGUUGACAUGGGUUUUGAGACUUUUGACACUAGUUACAUUAUCUUUUGGUUGUGCCAACACAUUAGCCGGGUAUCCAAAUGUGUCCUGAUUCAUGCAAGACCGUUUGAUAAACUCCCCAGAAUAGUGUUGGAAUGGCUUUUAAGGCAGUGACGGGAUUAUUGCACCUUCUCACCGUUGUGAGUGCAGAUCUGGGAUUGUAACCAAAGGAAAAACCAGUAUCAGGAAAGUGACUGAGGGCCUAGAAGCAGCAUUCUGUUUUGUUCAAAACCAUUUCUGUAAAUGAGGUUUUCCAACUUGGCUAAGGAACUUUUCUUUACUAAUCCCUGCUCCCCUAAUAUCCAGGAAUGGAGUGGCCAUUUACCUUAUUGGGAAAGUUCUUGGUGGGCGAUUGGCAGCUAAGAGGAGGCUGAGACAAGAGUCCCUGCAGGGAGCCAUUUGCCUCCUUUUCUCCAGGGCUGGUUUUAACAUCCCCAUCUGUCCCUCUUAAUGCCCAUCCCUCUCCAAAGUAGAUAGGAUUCAGUUUUUGAUCCCAGCAUUCCAUCUCUCUAUGUCUUUGCACAAGUGUACACUCCCAUGUGUAUUGCAGGCUGGGCAAAAUGCCCCCCCACCCAGGUGCAGCACUCUGUUUCCAGUCAUGGGUUGGAGGAUCAUCGAAUUAUUUGGGGGGGGGGAUAUUUUCUGUUUUGCAGCCAGUCCUGUUUCAAAUACCUGAAAUUCCUGCAUUUGUUAAUCUCGAGAAAUUUACAGAACUGCUCUUGAUCACUCCCUCUGUAUGAGGCAUUUGGCCUUCUACUGUAUUUUUGGGGUACUAUCUCACAAAUUUCCCUGUCUCUUCUGGAAAGCAAAACCUAAUUUAUGAGUAUAUGGUUUUAACUAUACUGUUUAGGAUGACUUCUUAAAAGUGCAAUAAUCCCACACACACAAGCUAGAUCCUGGCUUUCACACUAGACCCAUAUUGAGGAAUAUUAUCCUUUUUUAAAAAAUAUCAGAUGGAGUCUUAUUCUUCAGUGGUACAUGGCCACUCUACUUCGUACAAAGCCUGGAACUAGCAAGAUUCUGCUUCCAGGCUGGUGAUAAUGCCAAAAGAAAAAAGGAGAAGACACGGUAAAAGAACUGCAAAUAACAACAUAUAAAC